CUCACGCGCCUCUCAUUUCACUGCGCUCAGCUCACACUCACAAGAAGAAGAAGCAGCGCGCGCACACACACUCUCUCUCUCCGUUUAUUCACUCACUGAUUCUCUCUCUCUCUCUCUCUCUCUCUCUCUCUCCGCGUUUACUCUCACUCUCUCACUGGUUAUUCACUCGCUCUCUCUGUCUCUGUGCGUUUCUUCCCAGCGGAGUGUCUGCGCCUCACCCUCCGCCCCGGAGCUCCAGCACACACACACACACACACUGCAACACACACACACACUGCAACACACACACACACACUGCAACACACACACACACACACACACACACACACUGCAACACACACACACACACACACACACUGCAACACACACACACACUCUCUCUGGAUACGGAGCACGCACGCGCACACACACGCCCUCUAACAUGUUGUGUGGGAGCCGCCGCGCUGAAGGACUCGGAUCCGCCCGGUUGCUUGUGAAACAUCCCUGAAGUCCCAGCACGGAGAAAACAGCUAACCAGACGCACAUCUCAGAACACACAUCUCAUGUCCAAAGCCUGAGGCACCAGUGUCCAGGUGCAAGUCUCCCGUCUUUGGGUUUCAGUGGACAGACACCACAUUUAACAAACAUCAGACAGAAAAUAUCCCAACUGUGGUAUCCGUCUGAUGUCCCGUUCGUCUUUCACCACUGAGGCUUUUACAGUCCGAAUGCUUCAGGUCAUCAGUGAACAUCGAGGAUCCUCAAUGAUCAGGGUCCCAUGAGCCGGGACCCUGAUCAUUGCUCCUUCAGGCUAUAUUUAUUUAUUUAUUAUUAUUAUUAUUAUUAUUAUUAUUAUUAUUAUUAUUAUUACUACUACUACUAUGUUUUGAGAUUUGGCGCCUCCUACAGACAAAGCCAAGGAACUGCAGGUCAAACUCAGGACUGUGAGAUGAUGGGAUGGAGCAGGCAGCGUCCGCAUGAGAUUGAGAGAAGAAAGAAAGUUGUGUCUCAUGGUGUUGGUCAUCGGUGUUGAAGCGAGCAGUGGGAUUGGUUGGUGAGCGUGGCUCCUCAGAGCUGUGGAAUGUCCAUCUGACUCAGCGACGCGAAUGACAGGCAUUCAUCCACAGGUGGGGCCUGCCUCAGUCUCACAUGAUUGGCUGCUGGAUGGAAUUAAGGUGAAUGGAACACAUGCCCAAGGAGCAGGACCUUAACCAAUCAGAGCAAGAAGAGAAACGGUGGCUCAAUGGCCCCAAAAGGAAGAGGAAGAAUAGUCAGUGUUCGGUGAAGAGCAUGUCGGGCUACAUCCCGAGUUAUCUAGAGAAGGAUGAGCCGUGUGUGGUGUGUGGAGACAAAGCCACUGGCUAUCACUAUCGCUGCAUAACCUGCGAGGGCUGCAAGGGUUUUUUCCGGCGCACCAUCCAGAAGAACCUGCACCCGUCAUAUUCCUGCAAGUACGAUGGCUGCUGCAUCAUUGACAAGAUCACACGCAACCAGUGCCAGCUGUGCCGCUUCAAGAAGUGCAUUGCAGUGGGCAUGGCCAUGGACUUGGUUCUGGACGAGGCGAAGCGAGUGGCCAAGCGGCGUCUGAUCGAGGAGAACCGGGAGAAGAGGCGGAAGGAGGAGAUGGUGAAGACCCUGCAGAACCGACCCGAACCGACGGGUACAGAAUGGGAGCUGAUCCGCAUCGUAACCGAGGCUCACUGCCAGACCAACGCCCAGGGCUCACACUGGAAACAGAAACGAAAGUUCCUGCCUGAAGACAUCGGCCAGUCUCCUGUAGCCCCCACAUCAGACGGGGAUAAAGUCGACCUGGAGGCCUUCAGCGAGUUUACCAAGAUCAUCACGCCAGCCAUCACACGUGUUGUCGACUUUGCCAAAAAACUGCCCAUGUUUUCAGAGCUGCCUUGUGAGGAUCAGAUCAUUCUGCUGAAGGGCUGCUGUAUGGAGAUCAUGUCUCUGCGGGCGGCGGUGAGGUACGACCCCGAGAGUGAGACUCUAACGCUGAGUGGAGAGAUGGCCGUGAAGAGGGAGCAGCUGAAGAACGGUGGCCUGGGCGUGGUCUCCGACGCCAUCUUUGACUUGGGCAAGAGCCUCGCGCAGUUCAACCUGGACGACACGGAGGUGGCGCUGCUGCAGGCCGUGCUGCUCAUGAGCUCAGACCGCUCAGGUUUGACAUGCAUGGAGAAGAUCGAGAAGUGCCAGGAGACGUACCUGCUGGCGUUUGAGCACUACAUCAACUAUCGCAAGCACAACAUUCCCCACUUCUGGCCCAAGCUGCUGAUGAAGGUGACGGACCUGCGGAUGAUCGGUGCGUGCCACGCCAGCCGUUUCCUGCACAUGAAGGUGGAGUGUCCCACUGAGCUGUUCCCUCCACUCUUCCUCGAGGUCUUCGAGGACCAGGAAGUCUGAGCGCUAGAAAGGAACUGCAGGGUUUUUUUUUUUGCUUUUUGUUUUUUUUGUUUUUUAAAUGGACACACCUGACCUGACCAUCUCCGUCCUUUUAAAAACGUCGACACGGUCCUGGUCCCGGUCCCACCUCAUCCGCCUUCCCACGCGUCAAACACACCAGCAGCAUGAUGGCAGAGGCGGCGUCAGGACCUUCUCCGGGGCUCGUAUUCUCCUUCGAUGUUUUGCAGAAAUGGCUAUUUAUUCUUAUUCUACGUUUGCUUUUGACGGAGGGUUCAAUACCUCCUUCUUUAGAUUUUCUCCAUCAGCCGAUUUACAGGUGGCCCUUCUGUACCUGCGCUACGUCUUAGAUCAAUCUACCUGAAACUGAACCUUAGCAGCUAUGGAUACACACACACACACACACACACACACACACACACACACACACACACGUCUAACCUCAAGUCGGAACACUUCAACUCACACACACACAUACACUACUCUCACACCAGCUACUUGGAGCAGCUCUGUUGCACAGGGCGUGUCUAAAAACCAGGCGCUAAACCAGCGCUAGAUUUGUUAGCCAGUGGUCACGCCAUUUCAGUCGUUUAAACUCACCCUGGUACCACUAGUGAUGAUCACCAUUGUCUCUCUCCUUCUGUUUUUCUUUCAUACACACACAACAAGCAGAUCAGUGUAGUAGUAGGAGUAGUUGUAGUGUCAUAGCAUGACUCGAAUAGACCUCAUUUCACUGAUCACAGUGAGCCCGUGUGCUGGCUGGGAGGAAAAUUUUAUCACUAAAUCGGCUAUAUUUACUUAAAAGCUACUCAGAAUGGCAUUGGGACGUUUUAAAAGCAGAGAACAAAUGCAGAUUCACACCACAGUCCUGAUCUGUUAGUUUGUGGUCCUGCCUGGAGUUUUAGUUCCGACGCUCGAGAGUGUGUGUGUUCGGCUUCAAAUACAUUUCUGAGCCUCUGAUUUAAAUUAGCGAUGUAACCGAAUACGAACGUGAACAUGAAGAUGUUCUGAACCGAUACAAAAAAAGAGGCGCGUUAACGUUAUUGAAUAAAAUUUUUGUUUGUUUUGUGAUCAGAAAGGUUUACAGGGCGUCUGGUUGGUCCUAGAGGUUUAACUUUCAGAGAAUUAUGAGUGAGCAGUUAGAUAUGAAGCUUGUGGAGUAAACAAAGACCAUAGACGCUAAUGUGCAUGAGCAUACAGCGUUUGUUCCUCCUUAGUAACUGCCUGGUCAGGGUUUGCGGUGGUUGAAUUCAAUGAAGGAUGCUAGUUUGGUGAUAUUUUGUGAAAUAAUUGAACCUAAUAUAUUUGUUCUCAGGCAGGGUAGGUACAAACCAAAAUAAUAUCUGUGUAAGGAAAAUUGAAAAAAAAAAAACCCAAAAUGCAAUUCUUGUACAAUUUUGUAGUUGUGAUAUUAGAACAGUGUUAGUGUGAACAAGAUGCCUUCAUGGUAUUAUGACACAAGUUGACCAUGAUGUAACCUUAUAAAGAUAAAUUACUCCAUUACAAUGUGAAAUGUUUUACGGUAGAAGAAUAAUUCAUCACAUUAUACCAAGAUGAAUAGUGUAUUGUUAAAACAAAGUUUAUUGUUAGACCAUUCAUCCUUCUGUAAAACCUGCGUGCAAAAAGGAAAAAAAAGGGCAUUUGAAAGACAGAUUUAAUUUUCCAGUGAUAUGCAUGCUCUUUAGGGGAAGCCGUGGCCAAAUGGUUAGAGAAACAGCUUUGGGACCAAAAGGUCACUGGUUCGAUUCCCUGAACCAUCAGGAUUGGCUGAAAUGCCCUUGAGUAAGGCACUGAACCCCCAGUUGCUCCGGCAGGUGUGGUGGCGUACCUCGUGUCUGAUUAGCCAAAGAAAACCUGAUGAUGCAAUGAUCAGUUCAGGCGAGUAACCCAGCCAUAACGAAAUAUGCACGCUCAACAUUUCACAGCCUAAACUCCACGGAUCAGUGUGAAAAACCCAAAAUAUUUCCAUCAUCUUCAGAUCAGUACAUCCUGUCCCUAAUAUGUUGUAAAAGGAAACGAAAAAAAACCCUACAGUGAGCUAUCCAUGUCGAUAGCUAGCUAAGCUUUAUAGUGAUAGUGAGCUUCCACCAGCUCCGCCCACAUCAUCAAAACUACCGAACCUCAUGAUACCUGCCUUGUUACUAUAGCAACCAGUGCGAGUGUAAAACCUGAGAAUAAAUUCAGGCUCGUACGGUAACGGGGGUCAUGAAAAGCACUGAAUAGUAUUAUGUUCCUCCCAGACCACACACACACACACACACACCUCAGAAACCUGUAAAGCCUCAUUACUGUAUGCACUGCAGUGCUGUUGCUCAAAAACCAUCUCCACCAUCUGGGCACAGACAUCGCUCUGAGCGUCUCACACACACACACACACACACACACACACACGCAGUGACAGACAGAGCAGGCAGGUUAGUGACAUGUUGAACUGGCUGUUUUAUGGUAUUGUUGUUUAAUUAUGAUUUUUUUUCGUACCUCAGUUCGGGCACACCUCUGGCUGUGGCUCCACAACUGCCUCUGUGCUGACAGGCUCUACCUCACCUCUGAACAGAGAGCAGCUACCUCACAGCCCCCUCCUCUCUCUCUCUCUCUCUCUCUCUCUCUCACACACACACACACACACACACACACACACACACACACACA